AUGGAAAAGCAUAGAAUAAGAUAUAUGAAAGCUUUUUAUGAACGAAUCACACGGGAUGGACAGAAGCAACUCGAGAACUUUAUCAUAAAGAACGUAGAAAAGAUCCGCCGUCAGUAUGCUGAGCCCAGCGAGUUUCCGAGUGACAAGUUUGUAAAAAUCAUUCUAUUUGAUACCGUCUUCAUCAUUGAGCCCUUCUUGAUAGUUUGGUACAGAGGUAGCAGAGAUUUUUUGCUAAAUGAGGUAUGGGUUGGGGCCAUAAGACGGGACUUACAAUUACUCGAAAACCAGCUUCCAUAUUUUGUGCUUGAGGAUUUACUACUUCGGAAGGAACCGGCGGUCAAAAUUCAACAUUUCACUGAUUUGUGUAGAUAUGGUCUAGUGAAAAUUCCUGGGGAUCCCAAGUUUAGAGCAAUUACGUAUGGUUUACCUAACGCAGUCAAGUUGAAAAAGUCAGGAGUGAAGUUUAAGCGUAGUUCAGCAGCAGAUAAAUAUUUGGUUGACAUAGAAUUAGAAAAGAAAAGACGACUAUUGUCAUUCUAUAACGUUGUUGAGCUGAAAAUUCCGCGCAUUACGAUAACUGACAACAUGGAAUGUUUGAUCCGUAAUCUAAUGAUCUUGGAGCAGUGUAAUUACCCGUUCGAAACGUAUAUAUGCAGUUAUAUUGACCUCAUGGAUUCUCUUAUCAAUACCGAAGAAGAUGUCGAUUUACUAGUCGAAAAGAAAAUUAUUUACAAUCCUUCGGGCGACAAUGCUGUGAUAGCCAACAUGUUUAAUAAAUUUCGGCUACAAAUUCCCCCCAGUCAAUCUUCUUAUUACCACUCUAUUUAUAAGGAUCUGACAGAGCACUACAACAAUAGUUGGAACCAUGCCUUGUCUACUUUGAAAAGGGUUUAUUUCAGCAAUCCCUGGAGAGGGACCGGAACUGUUGCUGCUAUUAUACUUCUGCUGCUCACUUUGACACAAACAGUGUUUACGAUCCUGCAAGUAGUUUUAGCUAAGUGA